AUGUCGGACCACAGCAGCGACGAUGACAACAGCCCCUCCAACCAAGGCGCCUCUCUCGGAAGCCCCAUCAACUUGGGUCCUAUAGACUCGGGACCCAUGGACUCGGAACCCACGGACUUGGGAUCCCUCGAAGCGUACCAACACAUGAGGUCCCGCAUCCGCGAAAACCGCAACGCCAUGAUCGGCCGUACAACCAACGACAACUCCCGCGGCCCAACCUACGCCGACGCCUUCGACCGCCCCGCGCCCACCGACAUGAACGGAACCAGGUCCGGACCCUCUCAAAACGGACCGCGGGGAACGUUGUCCCCCUUACGUGAUGCGCCGCGCAUUCCGACGCACACGGACCCCGUCGUAGCGAACGGCACGGCCCAUGGGGGCUCCCGCAGCCGGCCUCCAUUUGCUAGCGGGGCGGCGGGUUUUCCUGGCUUGCCUGGUUACACGCCCGGUACUAGCUAUGAUAAUGGCGGCGUCAACGGCAACACCAACGGCAUGGCCGAUUGGGUCAACAGCGACGGGCCUUCAUUUGCUAGCAGGGCGGCGGAUUGGCCUGGCUUUCCUGACGAGGUCUGA